UGUACGAUAAAUUUUAUUCUGUCUACUCGACUUCUCGUUCUUGUUCAUGAACUGGAACUCGAAUAAAACUGAACACUGAACUGAACUGAACUGAAGAUGAACAGGAAGUAGGAAAGGACUAACGAAAAUUGCGGACAAUCUAACGAAAACUAAACUAACAGAGGAUAAAAUGGCAGAUCCAGAGUUAGAGGCAUUGCGGGCCAAGAGGUUAGCUCAGUUACAGAGUGAACGAGGAAUUCAAGGAGGAGAUGGAAUUGCAAACCAAAAAGUGGCAGAGGACAGGAAGAGAGAGAUGGAAGAAAUGAAGCACUCUAUUCUGAGUCAAGUGCUUGAUCAGUCUGCCCGAGCAAGAUUAAACACAUUGAUGUUGGGCAAACCAGAGAAGGGCCGGAUGGUAGAGAACAUGCUGCUACAGAUGGCACAGAGGGGGCAAAUCAUGGGCCGACUCGGUGAGAACGAGCUGAUUGGCAUUUUGGAGCAAGUCAGUGGCCAGACACAGUCUAAGACUACUGUUAAGUUUGACAGGCGUAGAGCAGCUUUGGACGACUCCGAUGAUGAUUUGUAGCCUCUAAUAAAUUUUUUAUGUCUACUGACACGAACUGUUAUAUAUUAAUUUUAGGUUAAGAUCUGUACACUAAUAACUAAUAAGUUUUUUCAUUUGUAA